ACUCCACGAAAACCAAACGGUACAUUAUCUUACUCUUUGUUUUGUUGAAUCUGAAACUGAGAAGUUCUCUGAAUCUGAGACUGAGACUGAGACUAAACAAACACUAAACAGAUAUUGUUCAAGAGUUCGGUGACGAUGGAUGUUGCGUGCAACUCUGGGUCAGAUAAUCGCUCCCCCGUUGCCUCUGCUUCUCCUGUUCAAUCUCCUACCGCCUCCGUCAAUUCCAAGAUCGGAAAGAAUAAAUUGACCAAGGAUUCUACAUCAAGUGCUCUUAACAAGUUCAAAUCACAAAUUAGAAAGCCUCCUCGUCGUAAAACCUCUCCUAUUAACUGGUUCCCACGUAAAAAAGGGGAUACCUAUAUGAAUAGGAAAAUUAAGAUGCUUCAGGAAGUAGAUGGUAUGAAUUUGACGCUUGAUCAGACUCUUGGCAGUUCUAACCCACAUUACUCAAGAGUGCUGAGAGAGAAAAUGGCAGCUAGAGAAGCGGCACAUAAUGCAAUGGAGGCUAGAAGAGCAGCAUUAGUGGAAGCCUCUUGGUGUCGUAUUUUACGUGCUGCCAGGAUUCCUGGUGAUGAUGCAGAGGCCCAACUCUUAAAGGCAGAAAAAAGUGCAGUAGAAGCUUUUGAGACAGCCCAGGCUAUGGGUGUUAUUAUGUUUGACUUGCCAAAUUGCCCUAAGAAGCAUUGUCAAAUAGAGACAUCCUCUGUUAAUGGAGAAGGAUCAUCUACCCAUACUGUUACUGCAUCUUUUGAAACUGCCUUUGAGGUGGACAGAGAAGUAGCUGCUGCAGUCAAAACUGCAUUUAUUAGACUUGCAAACUGCCAUUCAUUUAGUAAAGGUGAAUUCAAAGAACUGCUAAGAAAAAUUAGUGAAAAUCCUGAUACAGAUGAAAGUAAUCUGGACUUGUCUGAGUUCUCUUCAGGGUAUGAAUCCGAGUCUGGGUCAGAGCUUGAUUCAGUCUCUCAGAAGAGUGACUUAAACUGCCAAGACUUAGAUUCCAAAAUAUCAUUUCUUGGGGUAAGUCAGAGGAAAAACAGGAGGAGUCAGUCUCUUGAAAACAGAAUAAAACUUGUGGAUAUGAUGAUUGAGAGGUUAAAAUGUUUGCAAGAAGAUGAACUCUCUUCUCUUGCCACUAUAGUUGCAACUUAUGGUUUGAACGCCGCCUUGGCUGAAGUACAGAAUUCCAAACCGCACAAUCCAGGCUCUGCUAUUGAGUAUUCAUCCUCUUCAGCAACUAAUUUUCCAUCUAGAAGAAUGUCAUCAUUGGGAUUGGGAAAAUUAGCCUUGGAUGUGAUGAGAAAGAAGCAGGAUGAGCCAGAACUGCCAAGCCUCGAUAAGUUUUUAGUUAAGCACAUGACAAAACUUGAAAGAGAGGUUUGGGAAGCUAAAAAAGCCCGAAAGAAUGAGACAGAAUCAGUCAGGGAUAGCUCUCGUAAAUCUGUUGAUGAAACUCCACCGGAGAUGGUACCUGAUUUGGGAAGUAUUCUAGUGAAGAAUUAUUCAAAAUUAGAGAAAGACAUCAAGGAGGCAAAAAUUAAGUCAGGAAAGGAAACACCAGCAGUUCCAAGAGGCAUGCCAAACAGUCAAAAGGAUCACAUAGAAGUACCAAGCUUAGAUAAGGUCUUAGUGAAACAUGUCUCAAGACUAGAAAAGGAAGUUCAAGAAGCAAAAAACAGAACAAUCAAGGAGAACAGAAGCUUGAAGAAAAAAGCUGAUCUAGAUACAACAGGUGGACUGGACUCAACUUUCUAUUCUGAUGAAGAAGCAUUAGACAGGAAAGAAAACAUAAAUUCAAAUACAGAGAUCAAUUCGGGGGAAAGCAAAGAUGAUGGGCUGGAGAAAAUACUAAUAAAGCCAGUGCACAGAUUAGAAAGAGAGAAGCUGCAUGCCCAGUCACUGGGAAGCCAUGUUGAAAACUAUAAACAAAGAAUGAAUCAUGGAGCAACCAAUGUUGCGGAUUGUGAGAGCUUGGAUAAAGUUUUAGUAAAGCACGUCUCUAGGCUGGAGAAGGAGAAAAUGAGGAUCAAUUCGGGGGAAGAAUGGGGCCCAGUUAAGAGAAGUCCCAGAAACAUCCAUUCGGAAACAAAUGAAGGUGGCCUGGACCAAGUGUUGGUUAAACAUAAAUCCAGACUUGAGCGAGAAAAGAUGGUUGCUGCUCAGCAGCCAGAGAACUCAGUUAGUCUUUCAACAACUCGUCGUGAAGCAAGGGAGAAAGAGUUGCAAGAAACUUGGGGAGGACUGAGCUUAGGAAACAUCCAUUUGGAAACAAAUGAAGCUGGUCUGGAUCAAGUGUUGGUUAAACAUAAAUCCAGACUUGAGCAAGAAAAGAUGGUUGUUUCUCAGCAGCCAGAUAACUCAGUUAGUUUUUCAAUGACUCGCCGUGAAGCAAGGGAGAGAGAGUUGCAAGAAGCUUGGGGAGGACAGGGCUUAGGAAACUCCAUUAAACCUUGUCUCUCUAAGCUUGAACGAGAAAAGGCUGCCUGGAUUAAAGCUGAAGAGGAGGAAAGGAAGCAAGCAAAGAAAGCAAUUUGAUUGUAAUUUUCCGUACAAUUCAUUCAUUCAUCCUUUGUUGAUAAAAAUGUGCUUACAUAUAUCGAUUACAAUGUAAUAACAUUGGCUUCUUGAUUGUACUUCAGCUUCUGAUGAAUUUGCUUCCAUAUUAUUAUA